AUGGCCGCAUUGGGCUUGCCGAGAGUCGACCAGGCAGAAUCAAACAUUGAAUUGAUUUGUCUCCAGGCGAAUGAAAUCCUCCCGACUCUUGGGCAUCGGGUUGGUGGCCGCCCGCGCCGCCGCGCAGUGUAUGUAUACCCAUCCCGCCCGAUUCCAUCUUCAGGCUCUCAGACGACUCAUUCUCCAGGCUCCGGUCAAAUCAGCAUCGCCAGCCAAAGCGACGCCGAUGCGCUCUCCGACUGCGACACCAUCAAAGGCGACCUCACCGUGUCUAGCGAUGCCACCGGCACCAUCGAUCUCAAAGACCUCGAAGAGGUCCGCGGCAGCCUGACCGUCCAAGGCGCAUCGAACCUCAAUGCGCUGCGCGCAAAUGACCUGGAAAGCGUCUCGGGCCCGAUAACAAUCAAGGAUAACACCAACUUGAACGAUGUGUCGAUGAGCGGGCUAUCGAAUCUCGGAGGCGAUUUGCGCGUCGAGGGCAACAACAAUCUGAAGAACUUUGCUCUCAACGACCUGGAAAACGUGAACGGGGCAAUCACCUUGAACGGGGCUUUUGACCAGUGA